AACGGCGCGCAGCGGGCAGGUGCGAGGGCUGGAGCCGGGGCUGGAGCCGGCAGCUCCGUGCCUCCCGCGCUGCUCUCCGUCAGCAUGAAGGUCGAGUUUGCCCCCAUCAAUAUCCCCCUAAAGAGGAGGAUCCAGACAGUCGCCGUUCUGCAGUGGAUCUUCUCCUUCCUCCUGCUGGCAGAGUUUUGCUGUGGAUUCUUUGUGAUCCUGAUCCUGGGCAACUUCUGGUUCCUUGCUGUCCUGUACCUGCUGUGGCUGUACCUCGACUGGGGAACACCAUGUGCUGGGGGCAGGCGGUCCCACUGGGUCAGGAGCUGGACUGUCUGGAAGUACUUCAGGGAAUACUUUCCCAUUCAUCUUAUAAAAACUUCAGAACUGAACCCAAAUCACAACUACUUACUUGGCUUUCACCCUCAUGGGGUCCUGGUUGCUGGAGCCUUUGGAAACUUUUGCACUGAUCCUCCUUUCAAAAAUUUAUUUCCUGGCCUUACUCCAUAUCUCCAUAUCAUGCCCAUCUGGUUUGGCUGUCCCUUCUUCAGAGAAUACAUAAUGAGUGCUGGAAUGGUUUCUGCAUCCAAGGAAAGUGUCUCCCAUGUGCUGAGCAAUAAAGGAGGUGGCCAUGCAUCUGUCAUUGUCAUUGGAGGAGCAGAGGAAUCUCUGAAUGCACAUCCUGGAAGUCUCACCUUGAACAUCCUCAAGAGGAAGGGCUUUAUUAAAAUGGCCCUGAAACAUGGGGCUCAUCUGGUCCCAGUGUUUUCCUUUGGUGAAAAUGAACUGUUCAAGCAGGUUGCAAACCCCAAAGGUUCAUGGCUCAGGAAUGUACAGGAGAAGUUGCAAAAGAUAAUGGGCUUUGCUUUGCCACUGUUUCAUGCUAGAGGAGUAUUCCAAUACAGUUUUGGCUUAAUACCUUACAGGCAACCUAUUCACACAGUUGUGGGAAGCCCCAUCCCUGUAAAACAGAACUUGAACCCCACCACUGAAGAGAUUGAUCAGCUCCAUGCAUUGUAUCUACAGAAACUAAAGAAAUUAUUUGAAGAACACAAAGGCAAUUAUGGCAUCCCUGCGCAUAAAUCUCUCAUCUUCGAGUAGCAAAUUGCAAUUUGUAAUUCCAAAUCUCAUGCAAAGAAACAGUGUCUGCUCAAAGAUGUCUUUCUUGCGAUCCAUAUUUUGCAAUCUGUAAUUAUCCUUAUGUAAGGAAUACUUUUAAGAAGGGAUUAUUAGAGGAUUUAAUGAUUUUUAUCUUAUUCUUGGGUGGUGGGGGGAGGGAUCAUUGGGAUGUAAGCCUUGAAGCCAGUGCUGUUUUGAUUGUCCUUUUAGGUUCAUGUGUGCCAGAAAUGUGAGUGAGAGACUCCACACAGAUGUUCUUACCACAGCUUGAGGACAGGCAAUUGCCCCAGCAUGAGAUCAGUAGCAGAAGCAUAAAUCAAAGUCUUUGAUUAGAGGUUGAGAGGUUUACCAGCAUUUAUCAAACAUGACAUCAGGUUCUCCUCUGAAUGUCAGAAACCCCUGCUGCUCUUCCACAGGAAUGAAGGUGUAUGUUUUCAGCAGAUGGCUGCUGUAAACCACUUACAUGAGAAUUCAAGAAUAAAUAGGAGUUUUCAGCCCUACCCAGAAUUGGAUAUUGGCAAAAAUGGUAUGUCCAAGUCAUGGAGCAGAGCAAACCUUCUGAUUGGAGAACUAUGUUGAGAUUUUUGUGUGCAUGUGUGUGCUAGAUGGUGGGAAGCACUGAAUGAUGUGACUUUUCUGGACAAUCUGUGCUUUGGAUCAUAAGUUUGGAAGAUGAAGCAGCUUUGGUAGUUUCAACCUCACAAGAGAUGACAGGCACAGGACAGGAGAAAGAGGGAAUCAUGUGAACUCUUCAUCCUGUGCAAAUUAAAAAUAAUCCUGUGUCAAGCACUUGCACAGAAGGAAGUGGAGCCCAGUUUCUUCAGUCAGUUUAGAAAUUUCACCAAGGAAAUUGUACUUGAUAAUUCCUUUUUUUCCCCACUGACAGAUGUGGGGAUGUGUUAAGCUGGUGCUGCAGGGUGACACAGCUGCAGUGCCAAGGCAGUGUGAGCAUAGCUCAGCUGCAGCAGGUUAAGAGGAUGCAUUGUAUAUAAACCAGGUGCCUGGAUUUGAGAAAAGGUUUAUCCUAAAUGUGGAGAUCCACCUCAGAAAAGAAAAGAAAAAAAUCUUAGCCAAACUCUUUUUCAGUGAAAAUGCCUGGGUCUUGGAGAUUAUUGUGUAUGGAAAGAAUUUUAAUAUAUUACUGAAUUUUUAUGAGAUAAAUUGUUGUAUUUGCACAUACUUUCUGACUGCCUGCAGACUUUGCAGUCUGAUGUUAGUGAAGAGUUUGCUCUGCUUUUAGUGGUUUUGGUGCCUGAAUUACAUCAGUGAGGGGCUCUGACAGGUCAGGCAUGGGCUUGUCAGGCAGCCUGGGCAUCUGCAGCUGGCUCAGC